AUGAACGAGGAAACCUCGUCCUCACAGCAACCUGAAUCCGUCAAACCGCUGGGAGACGGGUAGGAACAGUAGAGUGUUCUAGAGUAGGAAGAAAGGAAUAGAAACAACAGGGCAGAGAGUGUGAGCCUACGUGCGCCACCAAGGGCUGUAGGACAGCUAGUGGGGGUCGUGGAGGUGAGACUCUCUAUCAUAGAGGAUACCUCACAGGUGGAAACAAAACAGAGCAAAUACAUGAGUACAACCAUGUACACAUCAACUCAAGUGGAACAAAAAUGAGAGCAGAUCGGUGAGAGAUUAAGAAACACCAUUUCACCUCGCCAUCUAUGCUACUUGCGACCAGUGAACAAGCCGCCUAAUCUUUUUUAUUUUUAAAUAUAAUUUUAAUUAGGAACUACAUCAUCAAAGAGAAAAUAACCUGUUAAACCCCCUCCGAUAUGGGGGGAGGGACCCCAUGUUCUAUAUAAAGGUUCCAGUAAGCCGCAUAGUGGGCAGAGUCAUCAACUAACCAUAGUACGCUGUCUCCAUCUAACAUAAAGAACCUUGUGUGAUGUUACACCUAUCCCAUUAACUACCAAAGGGCAUAGGGCAAUACUAGAAUAGGUCAAGCAGAUUCAUAGAACAUUCAGGAUAAAAUUAUAAAGCUAAAUGCAAAAACCAGUGGCUAGCAAUCAUACUUAGCUACACAUAUCUUGGUGAAGGUGUCACCCUCCUAAUCAACAGUCCACUCGGGAGAUAUCCUGGGAACCUUGGCAGGCCUGGUGACUGCAACCUCAGGUACCGGCAUGCCCCAAUCCUUCAGCUUCUGGAUACCCUGUGCCAAGCUUGUGACGAUAUGCAGUGCGUCCUGGUGAAAAAUAAAGAGUUUAGCAAGGUAUCCCCAUCUGUAAUUCAGUUCGUGGCUGUGGAGUGUUGAGGUUAUGGGCACCAUCGAUUUCCUGAACUACAGCGUCUCUGCGGAGAGGUCCGCAAAGACCUUGAUGUUGCUGUAUUUUUCCGGCAUAUCUGUAUUCCUACAUGUGCGGGCUAUCUUCUCCUUGACGUGGAAGAAGUGGAUCCUCGCACUUACAUCCCUUGCUGUGGUUGUAGGUAGAUGUUUCAGCCUCCUCAAAUGAUGGGCUCUAUCCAUGAUAAGUUGUUUGGGGUGGAUUUCAGGAGUAAGAGUUUUGAACAGGUCCAGAAGGUAAUUGUUCAGUUCCGCGUUGGUCACCGAUUCCGGUAUACCUCUAAAGCGUAGGUUGUUUCUCCUGGAAAUGUCCUCCCUGUCAGCCAACUUAAGCCUGUGAGCUAACAGGGUAUCAUCAAACUCUUAGAGCUUAUCUGCCAGGCUGUUGUGGGCAACCACAUACUCUUUCAGUUUGAGGCCUCCCAGCAACACCAGCGUUCAGUCGCUGAAUUCCUUGGCCACAAUGUUCAAUCGCUGAAUUCCUUGGCCACACUGUUUUCAAGACGCUAACACCCGAAGCUUUAGAGGAACUAGAGCCGCCAUAGAAGAACUGACAGAAGCUCUAAAACUUUCUAAGCCCCGACAGUCUACUGUUAACUUACCUGCACACCUUCCAGGAGGUCGUGCUACCUAAACUCCUCAAGGGACUUAACUCUAUCCACUCAGACAGACAAUUUCUGAUGGACUCCCUCGCCGAGGUUGUAACAGUUAUACCAAAAGAAGGCAAGGACCCAGCAAGCUGUGCCCUAUCUCACUCCUGAAUGCGAACUUAAAACCGUUUGCAAAAGCCAUGGCCCUACGACUCUUGAGAGUCCUCCAAGGUCUGAUCCACUCCGACCAGGUGGGAUUCAUCCCAGGUCGGGAGGGACGGGACAACACCAUUAGAGCCCUUAACAUCAUCCACGCUGCCCAGACAACCGGGAGAGUGGGGGUACUUCUCUCCACUGACGCCAAAAAAGCGGUUGACCGGGUAGACUGGCUCUACCUCACGUCCACACUCCAACACAUGGAGUUUGGCCCUCACAUGCUCUCAAGGAAACGAUCCCUGUAUACCACCCCUACAGCCUGAAUCCGCGUCAACGUUGCGUUUACGCCCCCAAUCUGGAACUGAAUACACCAAGGCUGUCCUCUGUCCCCCCUCCUGUUUGCACUAUCUCCAGCCGUUUCUAGAGGCGAUCAGACGGGAUGGAGGUAUCACAGGGUUCACUUUGGGACAGCGGGUCGCAGGCGACAUGCUCUUUUUUUCUAGAACAGCCAGCAAUAUCCCUGCCCAAUCUUUUGGCAGCCUUUAAGCGGUUCGGACUGAUAUCUAAUGUAAAACUUCAUAUGGACAAAUCAGGCACUCCAUCUCUCACUUAACCCCGACUCCACCGCCUGUCUGUGCUCACACUUCCCCUUCGCAUGGUGCGAAAGUAAACUUAGAUACUUAGGCAUCCGGUGACCAUGAGACCUCUCCCUACUGUACCAAAUUAAUUUUCUCCUCCUACAUACAUUAAUGCAGUCAAGAUGAACGUCAUGCCACGCAUAUUAUAUCUAUUCCAGACCAUACUCUCCGGCAGUGAAUAGCAAAGGUAGAGGAUGUACAUUCAAUGGAAACACUGCCAGCUUCCCUGUGGGGCCGCAUUGAGAAAUGUGUCCAGACCUGGAUACCCCGGCUCAUCUUAAUUUCAGAGCUACUGCGACUGCUCCAGGGCCUAUACACCCUUGCAACAGUUAGACAAGAACGUACCUAGGCAAUUACUGGAACCUCAUGAUCUACGAUAUAUAUAAAUAGAAUAGUAAAGUUUUUAUUUAUUUAUUUUUUCUUCUCCCUCUCUCUCACCCUCAUACUCCUACCUCCUUCCCCCUUCUUCCACCACUUCACCCUACCUUAAUACACAUAUAAUCAUCCAACCGAUAAAACAAGAUACCGUAGACCCUAUUAAUCGGCACUAACGACCACACUGUAACCUAGUCUCAUUAAUACAUUUAUGAAUCAGUCAAUAGCACUAACCAAUGGCUGCUUACAGACAUGACAGGAGACCACCACAAACAAAAACCACUAUCUCCCCCGAUAGACAUAAAACGACAGUAUAUCACUGCCCAAGUUUACAAAACUUUAAAUGAAGAGCGAUGACGAAGGGAAAGGAAUAAUGAGGAGGGAAUGAGAAGGGGAACAUAUGAAAGAGACAGUAAAUGGGAAAGAGAAGGGUAAACAUAGAAAAAGAGAAGGGAAGGUAUAGGCUUCCUCUAAAGAUGCAAUAUGAAAUACUCGUUUACUAUGCUUUGUCCGCAUUUUGUGAUCCUCUAACCAUACAUUUUAUGAUAUUUACUGCCUUUCUAAACGAACUGUAAGAAAGUGGAAAUGAAAAGUUGUAACCUGUUGAAUACUGACAAAAUAAUGAUUGUCAAAAAAGAGAAUAUGGGGCUAUGUUUAUAAUAGAUUGUCCGCAAUUAUGCAAUUUUUACAUCUAGUUUAUAACUAACUCAUUUGGUAAUUUUGUGUCUUGUUUUAAUAUUUAUUAAACUGCACGCAUUAUUCUUAGUCAAGGAUGACCAACACUUCUAUUCAACAAACAUUAAUUAAUUCUAAAUAUUCAAAAGUGCAUUUCUAUUGAUGUAGCAGUAUACCAAAAUGGAAGUCUUUUUUUUUUUUUGCCCUUCUCUGCUUUGUUUUCAGCUUUUGAAUGUACAAUCAAACUGUCCUUGUUAAAUAACCAUAAAUAGUUUUUUUUUGCAUUUGAUUUUUUUUCUUUAUUGCAUUGGAUUUGCAAUGUAUCUAUGUCCUUGGGAAUUUAGCAUUCUUACCUGUAACAUAACUUGCUGUUUCAUUGCACUAUUUUAACACGUUAAAUGAUCUUUUGCUGGUGUUUUAAGACUGAAUCAUUCACAUCUGAGAUCUCAAUGGAAAACAGUGUGCCCUAUGUGCCUGUCCAUCUGAGCCCAUGGUACGAAGGCACUGGUAGUGUAAUAAUGAAAAUAGGCUUGGAAAUGCUUGCUGGCAAUGCUUAUAUUGAUUGCUCGAAGACUGACCAUGUUUUUAUGUUUCACUUUCAGUGUGAAAAACUCAAACUACUGCCUUCCUUCAUAUGCUGCUUACAAGAACUAUGAAUACUCAGAGCCAGGAAGACACAACGAACAGCCAGGACUGUGUGGGCUCAGUAAUCUGGGGAAUACGUGUUUUAUGAAUUCUGCAAUUCAGGUAACAAAUCAAGCAAUAUUUUUUAUUUAAAAAUGAAUUAUUUAUUCAUUUGACCUGCUGUUUAUAUGAAUACAUUUUUAUAUUUUAAUGUAUGUUAUGUGCCUAUAUAGUUAAUAUUUGUGAGAUUAAAGUAGGGGUUUUUUACUAUUAUUUUUUUUUUAUUAUGUUAAAGGAUGUUUUCGCAUCUAUUGGUCAAGUUUUUUUUUUUAUUAUUAUUAUCGGUGUUGGUUUCUAUAGUUGUUCAAUCUUUCACUCUGAUAAACACUUUAAAGGACCACUCUAGGCACCCAGACCACUUCAGCUUAAUGAAGUGGUCUGGGUGCCAGGUCCAGCUAGGUUUAACCCCUUUUUUCAUAAACAUAGCAGUUUCAGAGAAACUGCUAUGUUUAUGAAUGGGUUAAGCCUUCCCCUAUUUCCUCUAGUGGCUGUCUCAUUCGGCGCAUUCAGCCGACGGGGAGGAGAGAAGGAGGAUCGGAAGAGGAGAGCUCUCCCUCCAGCGCUGGAAAAAGGUAAGUUUUUACCCUUUUCCCCUUUCCAGAGCCGGGCGGGAGGGGGACCCUGAGGGUGGGGGCACCCUCAGGGCACUAUAGUGCCAGGAAAACGAGUAUGUUUUCCUGGCACUAUAGUGAUCCUUUAAUCUUAUAUCGGGACAAGGAGUGAAGCAGAGGUAAGUAUAAAACACACUUACCUUUCCAGCUUUUCCAUAACGCUCUGCAGGAACCCUGACUCAGGCAUCUACUUGGAAAGUGACAAACGAGUGCAGGUACAAGCUGUACAUGGCCCUUAACAUAUGCAUGCAUCCUCACUGCAUUAUUGGUGAAAUUUGCUGUAUAAUAUAAAAAAAGAAAAUAGCACAACCAAUGGCUAUCUGUCUGUUAGCAUUUGGGUUGUGCUAAGAUCAGGGAUUUACUACUUUAUAAAGUUGAAGAUUGCAAACUAUAAUGUUACUAUAGUGUUUUUAUUAUUUUGGGAGGUGGGGGAAAGGGUCUGUUUUCUGUUUUUGGCUUUUGUUUUUAAUCGAAUUUGGUUAAGCAUUUUUAUCCUAAAGCCUUUUGCUUCCACUAAAUGUGUGAUGAUAAUGAUUAGUUGUGUGUUUGCCAGUUGUUUAUCUUAAAGGAUCACUAUAAUGUCAGGAAAACAAACUCGUUUUCCUGACACUAUAGCAUCCUUAGGACCCCCCACCCUUGGCGCUGAAGGGGCUAAAACCCCUUCAGCUACUUACCUUAAUCCAGCGCCAGGCUCCCUCGGCUCUGGUGACCUCUCCUCCCCCGCGGACGUCAGCUCCCGAGUGGAGUGGAUUGUGCAUGCGUGGCAAGAGCCGCGUGCCUUCAAACAGUUCAUAGGAAAGCAUUUCUCAAUUUUCGCAUCCAGCAUCGGGGAAGCACCUCUAGCGGCUGUCAGGAAGACAGCCACUAGAGGUUGGAUUAACCCUGCAAUGUAAACAUAGCAGUUUCUCUGAAACUGCUAUGUUUACAUCUGAAGGGUUAAAGCCUGGGGAACCUGACACCCAGACCACUUCAUGGAGCUGAAGUGGUCUGGGUUACUAUAGUGUCCCUUUAAGUGAAUAUUCGGUCUGCACAACCCUCUGGCUCACAUAGUAUUCCUAAGUCAUUUUAACCAAUAGGUUCAAAUUUAAAACAAAUUGUUCAUCUCUAGAAGCAAUAUUAAAAACAAAAUGCUGUAAUGCUCUGUUCAAACACAUGUGCUUCUUUGUGUAGGCAUGUUUUGCUUUCAUUAUUGUCCUCAUAGUUAGCUCAAAUUCCAAAUGUAACAAAUAUUUGCUCAUCCAUCUCAAAUUCACAGCAACAUGCCUGUCUGUUUUAAAAAUAAUUGUAUAUUUUAUGAGUAUUAUGUCAAAUAGGUAUACAACUGCUAUUGUUUAUUUUUAAUAGGCUGCAGAAUGUUUGGUGAGUAUUUUAAAAAGAUUAUUGUAGCUACUAGAGAGAUUAUUUAUUCUUCCUUUACGUUUUUGAAACUGCAAAUUACUUUGAGAGUAUUACUAUUACUAUUCCUUUUUAAGAGUAAGCUAAAAGAAAAAUAUACAUACAAAGGCAUUAAAGGGAUCCUAUAGUGCCAGGAAAACAAAGUCGUUUUCCUGGCACUAUAGAGUUUAUAGGUCCCCCCCUUUCUCGGGGCUCCUCUCCCGUGGGGUUGAAGGGCUUAAAACCCAUUCAGCCACUCUCCUGAAUCCAGUGCCGAUGUCCCUCGGCGCUGGGUCAGGCUCCGCCCAUGCUUCUCCUGCCAACAUCAGCCGGCGGGGGAGACCUAAUGCACAUGUGUGGCAAUGGCUGCAUGCACUUUAGACCUCCCUAUAGGAAAGCAUUAUUCACUGCUUUCCUAUGGGGAAAAUCUGACGCUGGAGGUCCGUGAGGACUUCCAGCGUCAGAUAACGGACCAAAAGUCCAUUUGAAUUCUGGAAGCCCUCUAAUGGCUGUCUGUUAGACAGACACUGAGGGCAGACCUAGAGCUGCAAUGUAAACAUUGCAGUUCUCUGGAACUGCAAUGUUUAACAUUGCAGCACUAAGUGCAAAAGGGUCACAGCACCCAGACUACUUCAAUUAGCUGAAGUGGUCUGGGUGCCUACUGUGUCCCUUUAACUGCUACAAUGUCUCUUAAGUGGGUAUGGCACUUGGAGCCUUUGCUUAAUUUCCAAAUACAGUAAACAGAAGUUUUCCUAUUUUGUUUUCCUGAUAAUUACCAUAGAUUUGGAACAUGUGUAACAAUGUUUAAACUGAAACUUUAUACAUGUUCACACUGAUCACUCUAUUAUAAACAUAACAUUCACUCCUAUUUGUCUGCUAGUAUAUUAUAAAUCAGACAUGUUAAUCCUAAAAUGUUCUCUAUUUGCCCCUUUUCAUAUCUGAAGGCACGUUAUUCCUUUUGUAAACCUGUAAAUGUUUCAUUGUACUGACUGCACAGGCUUCAAAGCAUGAGUGUUUCAAGGGUUACUCCAAGCACCACAAAAACUUCAGUGAAAUGGAGCUUGGAGUUUGUAUCUGCAGCAUUUCAGUAUGAAACACUGCACAUUUAGACAUAUUUUAUAUUGCGGUUGUCAGUGUAACUCCACCUCUGGCAGCAUAAUUUGUACAUCAUUAGCCAGCCCAGAACAAGAGUUCUAGGUUAGCUAAUUUCAAUUCUGUUCAUAUUUCAUUGCACAGAGGCUCAUUCAUUGGUGAGUUUUGUCAGCCAAUGAUUGAUCGGCUCCUUGUGCUUUGGAGCUCUCUUGAUAUGCAUACUGUCCAUCUCACUUUACUUUAAGCAGUAAUUAUAUAGGUCAUAGCUAGAAUGAAGAAAAUAGUUCCUCUUUGCCGAUGUUUAGUAUUUUGUGUGGUCAUGUGAAAAGAAAUUGCAUAAGAAAAGUUAAUAUUUCUGGUGUUUCAUAUUUUUUUGCCAAGCUAUUUUUUUUUUUGUUUAAAUUGAGCAGUGAGUAAAGUUUCAUCGGUUCUUUGCACAAUUGAAAGCUUACAAAUACAAUGCUGAAAUGUGUUAUGUGUUACAGUGGGUUUUGGAAGCAGCAGAAUCUUGUUAAAGUAUUCUGUGACACACAUGAUAUACAAUAUAUGUGUCUUUAAAUGCAUGUAGCAUUAAUACAUUCAUUUUGCCAGUCUGUUAACCAUAUAAAAAAAACCUAAUCGGAUUAAAAUGUUGAAGUAUUUUCUUUUCUUCUAGUGUUUGAGCAAUACCCCACCACUGACUGAAUACUUUCUCAAUGACAAAUAUCAGGAAGAGCUGAAUUUGGAUAACCCUUUAGGGAUGCGAGGAGAAAUAGCCAAGUCUUAUGCAGAUCUCAUCAAACAAAUGUGGUCAGGGAAAUAUAGCUAUGUAACCCCGCGAGCAUUUAAGGUGGGUAGUACUUGUAUUUCAGCAUUGUUAUAAUAUGUUAAAGAACCACUAUAGUGUCAGGAAAACAAACUAGUUUUCCUGGCACUAUAUAACCCUCAUGACCCUCCCUCCGGCUCAAUGCUUUCCUAUGGAUGUUCUGCGUGCUCAAUGCGAUUUUCGCAUUGAGCUUCACAGAAGUGCCUGUAGCGACUGUCAGGAAGACAGCCACUAGAGGCUGGAUUAACCCUGCUAUGUAAACAUAGCAGUUUCUCUGAAACUGCUAUGUUUACAGCUGCAGUGUUAAAACCUGGGGGACCUGGCACCCAGACCACUUCAUUGAGCUGAAGUGGUCUGGGUGACUAUAGUGGUCCUUUAACGUUUGAAUGUUAUUGUAUAUGUACAGCAUUUUUACAGUGUGCAUUUUUAAGACCUUUUGAGUAAAUGAAGCAAUAUAGCUUAACUUAUUUUUAAAAUGAAUUUAAACAUGUAUUAUCAAUAUUAUUGAUCUUUCCCAUAAUAUAUUUCUAAAACCCUUGUUUUCUGUGAAUGUGUACAGCCAUUAAUUAGAAUUAGAAUUUUAGUAAUACGGUAUAUUAAAAACAAAACUCUUUUUGUAUGUUCCUUUUUCAAGACACAAGUUGGGAGAUUUGCACCUCAGUUUUCGGGUUAUCAGCAGCAAGAUUGUCAAGAAUUGCUUGCUUUCCUGUUAGAUGGCUUACACGAAGAUUUAAACCGAAUUCGAAAGAAGCCUUAUAUCCAAUUGAAAGACGCAGAUGGCAGACCAGACAAGGUAGUUCUCAUACUACUGCUUUAAAAAAAUAUUUCUGUGAAAUGCUUUACUUCACCUUCAUUUAUUCUCCAGGUAUAAUAUUUAACAGCCUAUACUCCAGAUUAUAAUUAGCAGCCUGUACAGAAAUGGUUUUCACUGCCAGGAACCAGUUCCACUAAUUUAAAGGCACUGAAUUGGUUAUUAUAUGAGGAUUAGCUUGGCCCCAUUUCCUGCUAAUGGGGUAAAUAGUUUGUCAACAGUCUCCUACCUGGGUCUCUGCCAGGCGCUGAGAGUCCUAUGUGGUCGGUGACAUGCAUCCAGCAUCUGCAGAAGUGAUUUAUAGUGAAGGGGUUAAGAAAGGAAUCAUGAAUAUAAGGACAUUGUAAUGAUGUUUGUCAAACCCUAAAUGUUAUCAAAUUUUCAGUUUUCUGGUUUUUUUUUUUUCUCUUGAGUACAAUUGCAGAUACCACUAAAAUACUGCCAAAAUAUAAAGACUCCCAUAUAUUGUGGUGGUGAACACAGUGCUAUCUUUUUUGUCGUUGUAUUUAUUAGUUGAUACCAAUCCAAGAUGAUGAAAAUGUGUAAAACUAAUGGAUGGAUGUCAGAGGAGUGUGUGAAGUUUGUCUCUUUUAGACUUUGACAACUCAUUAUCCUCUUUUAAUUAUAACCUAAAACUCUGGGUGUAGCUAAGAAAAAGAAAAACGUAUCACAAAUAUAGGGUUUACGUAUAGAUGGUGAGCUAGAACAAACAUAUCCUUACUUUACUAUGCACUUGGGCCAGUCUUGCCAUUUUAUUAUAUAUUUGCCUAUUUUUUGUGUCUCUCUAUGCAGCAUGUUGAAGUCCCACUUACAUUAUCGGUAUAUCUUUAUUUAUCGACUGUGAGAGCUCAUUUGGGAAGAAUAUACUCUCAGCAUCAAACAUUUCAAGUGUGGUUUUUAAAAUUAAAAAAAAAAAAAGAUUUUUCCUUUAUAUUCCUUUAUAUUUUUUUUUUGUUCUUUAUUACAUUUUAGGUAGUUGCUGAAGAAGCGUGGGAGAACCAUAUAAAAAGAAAUGACUCCAUCAUUGUUGAUAUAUUUCAUGGGUUGUUUAAAUCUACCCUCGUAUGUCCGGAGUGUGCUAAAAUAUCUGUCACGUUUGAUCCGUUUUGUUACUUAACUCUUCCUCUACCGAUGAAGAAGGAGCGCAGUCUGGAAGUAUAUUUAGUUAGAAUGGAUCCACUUUCCAAACCUAUGCAG